UUUGACCUGCUCCCCUUUGUCGAUCGUCGAAGUCGUGCGUUGGGCGUUCACGAACGACACUUUCAAACUGUUUUGCGACGGACUGGGCACAUGCCUGAACGAGCAAACCUCUGGAUGGAGCUUCGUUCUGCGUUGAGACGGGCCAUCGACAAAGUGCUGCAAGGGGAAGAAAUACACGAUAGGGAUCGGGUGUUUUUCAAUAUCCAUUCCGAUCGCCUCACAAACAGUUAUCAUGGGUACGCCAUGCGGGUGGGGGAGUGGCGCGCGGGAGAAGCCCGCGUGGAUGAUACUCUCAAUCAUUUGGCCAAAAUGCUUAAUUCAAACGAGCAAUUUGAGUUGGACGACACAUUUCAACUCAGUAUAACACACGUGCUAGAUGCACCACGGGGUUCCAGACCCCAGUACCGUCGACCAGGUCAACGAAACCAAGCCGCAUUUCGAGCAUUGAAAGGCAGUAUUGUGACAAUAAAGAACAAGGACGAAAUGUGUUGUGCCAGGGCUCUCGUCACUGCAAGAGCCCGGUUGGAAAAUCGUAAGUGGCAAUCAUUCAAAAGGGGAUGCAAAAUUCAGAAAGUUGAAGCACAGGAUCUUCAUUUUGAAGCAGGCGUUCCUUUUGGUCCAUGCAGCUACGAAGAGAUUAACCGGUUUGCCUUGGCGCCCUCUCUAGUUGAUUAUCAAGUCUUGUUGGUGGACGCCACACGUCAAUACAAAGUCAGUACGUUUGGACCCCCUCGUGACAAGCAGCUCAUCUUGUAUUACACAGAGGGGCAUUACGACGUCAUCACCUCACUCCCUGGCUUUUUUGGUACAUCAUUCGUGUGCGCUUAUUGUCACGCGCCGUACGAUCACGUAGAGCGUCACCGCUGCAAGGCUUCCAAUACCUGUUCAUGUUGCUUUCAGCGCAACUGUCAGGAUUUCGUGGACAAGGUAAAAAGGGGGGAACGGGCCACCUUGACAUGUCCGGACUGUCUUCGCCAAUUUUUCGGAGACCUAUGUUUGGAGGCCCACAGGACCAAGGGGAGCACUGGAAAAUCUGCCGACGGCAUGGAAGAAAAAUCCAUAUGUGAUAUUCGUAAAAGAUGUAGUGAAUGUCUUUUUACCAAACGCUCUCCGCGCGAUUUCCAACGUCAUCAGUGUGGACAUGCCGAUUGUCCCUCGUGUGGGAACUACGUGGACAUUGCGUCCCAUCGUUGCUUCAUCCAGAAAGCCCCCACCGAGGAGGAAUUGAAAAAAACAAGAUUCAAAUAUAAACGAAAGCGUCGCGGAGACAAAAAUGGUCCACCCAUCAAAAGGGGUGCGGCUGCGGGACGUCAAGCAAUCCAGGCCAAUGCAUCUGAUAUAGAGGAAGAGGAGGACGACAAAGACCAAUCACGACCUGUGCACGUUUACUUCGACAUCGAGGCCAUGCAGCCUGAUGGUCAUCACGUAGCUAAUUUACUCAUGGCCGAGUUGGAAGACGAUGAAGCUGAAACGGAACUAUUUGCAGGAGAGACUUGCAUUGAGAAGUUUCUUGACUGGCUGGAUGAUCUGUCUGAGUAUGGUCAGCGACCCGUGACUGUCCUGGCGCACAAUUUCAAAGGCUAUGACGGUUAUUUCAUUUUACAAGAAUAUCACAACCAGAAUCGUCAGGUGAAGCAAGUGCGGAAUGGUGCCAAGAUCUUGCAGCUGACAACGGGAUCCAUCCGUUUUAUCGACUCCUUUUCAUUUUGUCCGUUUGCCCUUGCUCGUUUUCCGUCCACGUUUGGACUGGCUGAACAGAAAAAAGGGUAUUUUCCCCACCUUUUUAACAAACGGGAAAAUCAGGACUAUGUUGGCAACCUACCCGCCGAAGAUUAUUACAUACCCGAGAGUAUGUCGUUGGAAGAGCGAGAAAAGUUCAAACAGUGGUACGAUGAAAGGCAAGCGGAAAAUUACCAAUUCACAUUUAAAAAGGAAUUAGUUGAGUAUUGCACCUCUGACGUAAAAUUGUUAAAGGCGGGUUGCCAGCAAUUCAAAUCAUUGUUCACGAAGAUGACGGGAUUUAAUCCUUUCAACUUCAUAACCAUCGCUUCGGCAUGUAAUAGAGACUUUCGAAUGAAUAGAAUGCAAGAAAACCAACUAGCCAGCGAACCUUUACACGGGUGGCGGCUGCAACAGAAUCACUCACGAGUAGGUUGCGAAUGGCUCCAUUGGUGCAACCAUCAACGUGUCCAAGCCAUCAACAACGCCGGAAGCAUAGAAGAAUGUGAACAGCUCAACCUCGCUGACAACGCCCAUUCCCAUGAAGAGCGUCCUCCGCAGAUGAAACCCAUCCAACACGCUAAAAACAAGGGGGAGUACAGGAUUCCCGAAAGCCGCUAUACUGUGGACGGUUUCGACCCUUCCAGCAAUACUGUAUACGAAUUUCAAGGGUGCUUUUGGCAUGGUUGUCUUCGUUGUUUCAAGCAUCGAGACACACGUCACCCACGACACCUGGGCCUGACCAUGAAAGAGGUUUACAACAACACUCGGAAAAAAAUUCAAUUUUUGGAAGAGGAGCGCGGUUACAAUGUGGUGGAAAUGUGGGAAUGUGAUUGGGCUCGUCUCAAAGACGAGGACGAAAAUGUACGGGCAUUUUGUCAAGGAUUAGAUUUUAUGGAUCCACUGAACCCGAGAGACGCGUUUUUCGGGGGAAGAACCAACGCCAUUAAAAUGUACCAUCGAGCGGAUAUCGGCGAGGGAGAGGAGAUCCGGUACGUAGACGUGACAUCACUCUACCCUUUCGUCAACAAGUACAAACAAUAUCCUGUUGGUCAUCCUCAAUUUUUCUCUCAGGUUGACCCUGCCACCCUUUCCAAUUACUUUGGACUUGUCAAAUGUUGCCUUGUCCCCCCUCGUAAGUUGUAUUACCCCGUACUACCCAUUCGCCAACAACAAAAGCUGCUCUUCCCCCUGUGUACAAAAUGUGCAGCCUUGGCCACUGAGAACCCUCUCAUGCAUCGUCCAUGGACGUGCCCACAUGAUGACGAUGAGCGCGCUUUCGUGGGCACGUGGUGUACACCCGAGGUCGAGAAGGCUGUGAAGAUGGGCUACCGGGUGAUCCAUGUCUACGAGGUUUGGCACUUCCCAGAGACAUCUGAUAGCUUGUUUAAAGAGUACAUCAACGUUUGGCUAAGAGUCAAACAAGAAGCAGAAGGAUGGCCAAAAGACUUGGAGGACGAUCCAGUCAAGCAAGCUCAAUACAUUGAGGACUACUUUGGACGUGAAAAGAUUCGUCUCCGUCCCGACCACAUCAAGAAGAACCCCGGUUUGCGAUCGUUGGCUAAACUUAUGUUGAACUGUUUUUGGGGAAAGUUUGGACAACAAAGUAAUAAGAGCCAGGUCCACGAGUUUGUGGACCCUGAAGAGUUCCACAAGUUCCUCGACAGUGAUCUCCGAGACAUUCGUUACAUAGGUGUAGUAAACGAAAACACAGUAGAAGUUCACUCCCGUUACAUUGCAGAAAACUGUCCUGUGCAGCCACACCUGAAUAUCUUUGUUGCCUGCUUCACCACCUGUUGGGCCCGUUUGCACCUAUACGAGUCCCUUCAACUGCUUGGAGAACAAGUUCUGUAUUUCGAUACAGACUCCAUCAUUUACAAGUGGCGCCCUGGUCUGCCUGAAAUUCCCACCGGCAAUUACCUUGGGGAAAUGAAAGACGAGUUGAACGGAGACGUCAUCGUAGAAUUUGUGGCUGCAGGACCCAAGAACUACGGUUAUGUCACCAAAGACGGGAAAGUAGUUUGCAAAGUGCGGGGGUUCUGUCUCAACAGUGAGGGGUCGGCGCAGUUGAAUUUCGAGGUCAUGAGGAAGAAUGUCUUGGAUGAGGUGAAGGACCCCAAAUCAAAACCCCGAGAGAUCACCGUCGUUCAGUCAAACCACAUUGUACGCAACGCCACUACCUCCGAGCUGUGCACAUAUCCUCAAUACAAACGCUACAGGGUCGUCUUUAACAAACGCGCCCUCGACCCCAUCACCUUUCAGUCCUAUCCGUACGGGUAU